CCAGAAACCCAGGAACAACAUUUGGCCCGAAUUGUAUAGGGCCUAACAUCCGGGUUUCUACGUCACCGAGCCACCCGGACGCAGCCAAGCCUCAAUAGGUCCUCCUCUCCGGUGACAGUAGUCCUCCAUUGGCGCUUCCCCUCCAUCGAGAGCUUCUUAUCGGCUCUCUCUCUUCGGCUGCAUCCUGCAUGUAGAAUCUCUCUUUUUAUUUCUUACAACCCGUUUUACAUUCAAGUCAUUCUUGCGUUCUUUGACAUAGGUCUUGCUCUAUAUCAGUAUAUCAUGUGAAUUUUAGGGCUCUUUUUAUGAUCGGAGGCGUUUCUGAGAUUCUGCUUAUUGGGUAUUAGUCGAUGCAAUUUCAGCUUGUUCCUUGAUAUUUUGGCACACAAUGGGAUGGAAAGCAGCUCAGAAGCUCAUACACCACUGGAAGAUUCUGAGAGGAGAUAAUGUAAUGAUUAUUAGGGGAAAAGACAGGGGCGAAACUGGAACUAUUAAACGUGUCAUUCGCUCUCAGAAUCGUGUUAUUGUUGAGGGGAAGAACUUGGUAAAGAAGCAUAUAAAGCAAGGGCAAGGGCAUGAAGGUGGAAUUUUUACUGUAGAAGCCCCUCUACAUGUCUCAAAUGUUCAAAUAGUCGAUCCCGUGACAAAUCAGCCGUGUAAGGUUGGGAUAAGGUAUCAAGAAGAUGGUAGUAAAGUAAGAGUUUCAAGAGGUAUAGGGGCAUCAGGGUCAAUUAUCCCUCGCCCUGAGCUUUUGAAAAUUAGGGCUACCCCACGUCCAACAAUCGCUGGUCCGAAGGAUACUCCUAUGGAGCUGGUGUUGGAGAAGACUUUUGAUGCUAAAACAGGAAAGGGUGGAAGUGAAGUGUUGUGGUCUCUGUUACAGAAAAUAUUUUUGUGUUUUUUUGUUGGUUUUUCAACAAAUUCUCUUUAA